AUGGAACAUCGCCCUUCAACUUCUUCCGGAAAUUUCCGGGAGGAGAUUUUACGCAAACUCGAAGCAAGAAAUGCUAAUUUCCGACCAUGGGCUGCCAUUUUCAAGAAUUAUAGUUCAAUUUCUGAUGAGUUGAUCCGUGUACGAAGAAGAUUCGAUAAUCGUGGCUCACUAGACGCGACGGAUACCACUGUAUCACAAUCGUCAUCACUAGAGCUGAAGCAGUUGCGUGAAGAGCUUGCCGAAGUUUACAAACAGAAAAGCCGCAACGACCAAUCACUCAUUGAGGCUAAUCGGAAGCUAGAUCAGCACGACGCUGCUCUCAACGCUGUUACAAAGGAGCGAGACAAACUCAUUCUUGAGAACAAAAAGCUCUAUGCUCGUAUCAGUGAGCUGGAAUGUGCGCUCAAGAAAACAACUGAUGACAAACAAUCGCUGUAUGACGAAUGGAUAGCGCUUUCGGCGCUGCUGGAAACGAAAACGAACGAGAUGUUACAAUUGCAGCAGGAAAGAUUGGUAUUAAUCAAUAAAAUUCGCGAUCUCAAUGAACAACAUGCUAAUCUUUUCAAUACGGAGGUGGACCUUCAACAAGAGCGGCAACAGCGAAGGAUACGCGAAGAAAUAGCGCGGGCAUGCGAGGACAUUUCGAAGGAUGAUAAAGUGUUAGUUUUUAGCUCUCAGUAUUUUUGGAAACACUAA